UGGCAUCUCUGGUCGUGAUUCACAUCGGUUGCAUCGAGUUUGAGGUUGUGUAUUUUUUGGUACUCGUAAAAAAAUCUGUGUUGAAAAAUGGCUCUCCACGUUCCGAAAGCUCCUGGUUUUGCUUCAAUGCUCAAAGAAGGUGCACGCGCAUAUUCCGGGUUGGAAGAAGCAGUUUACCGCAAUAUUAACGCGUGUAAGGAAUUCGCUGCAUCAGUUCGUUCUGCGUAUGGACCGAAUGGUAUGAAUAAAAUGAUCAUUAAUCAUAUAGAGAAACAAUUUGUUACUUCUGAUGCUGGUACCAUCAUGCGAGAACUGGAUGUGGAACAUCCAGCAGCGAAGCUAAUGAUUCAGGCUAGUCAGAUGCAAGAAGCUGAAGUAGGCGAUGGAACAAACUUCGUGGUAAUUUUCUGUGGGGCUUUGCUGGCAGAAGCGGAAGAACUAUGCAGGUUGGGAGUCACUACUAGCGAUAUUACCGAGGGAUACGAGAAAGCACUUGAUAAAGCAUUAGAUAUACUGCCGAAGCUAGUCUGCUACGAGAUCAAGGAUUAUAGGAACCAAAUCCAGGUGAAAGAAGCUAUUAAAGCAUCCAUCAUGUCGAAACAGUUGGGAUACGAAGAGCUCAUUUCGGAUUUGAUUUCCAAAGCAUGCGUUUCGAUUUUACCGGAAAAUACCACAUUCAAUGUAGAUAAUGUUCGUGUGUGUAAAAUUUUGGGUGGUGGACUCCACACUUCGGAAGUGGUACACGGUAUGGUAUUUAAACGAUUCGUGGAAGGAGAGGUUAGUUCGGCCAGCAAUGCUAAGAUUGCAUUGUAUUCUUGCCCUAUCGACAUCAUUCAGACUGAAACCAAGGGCACCGUUCUGAUCAAAAGCGCAGAAGAGCUAAAGAACUUUAGCAAGGGAGAAGAGAGCCUUCUUGAAUCUCAGAUAAAGGCAAUUGCAGAUACCGGAGCCAAAGUGAUUGUUGCCGGAGCCAAGUUCGGGGAUAUGGCACUACAUUAUAUGAACAAAUACGGUCUGAUGGCGGUUCGCCUUAAUUCAAAAUUUGACUUGCGUCGUCUCAGCAAAUCAGUUAAUGGAACCGUAUUGCCUCGUCUGACUCCACCAAGCCCCGAAGAACUCGGGUUCUGCGAUAACGUUUUUGUUAAUGAACUAGGUGAUACAUCUGUUUGUAUUUUUAAGUCUGAAGGUUCCGAUAGUCGUAUUGCUACUAUUGUGAUUCGUGGCUCAACCGAUAAUUAUAUGGACGAUAUUGAACGUGCCAUUGAUGAUGGUGUCAAUACAUUCAAAAGUCUAACUCGUGAUGGUCGAUUCUUACCGGGGGCUGGGGCUGUUGAAAUUGAACUUUCUCAGCAGUUGGCUGAAUAUGCCGAUACCUUGCCAGGGUUAGACCAAUAUGCUGUCCGCAAGUUUGCCAGUGCUUUAGAAAUAUUCCCUAAAGCUUUAGCAGAGAAUACAGGUAUUAAUGCAACCGAAGUGGUCAAUAAACUGCACCUAGCUCACAAGGAAGGCCACAAAAAUGAUGGAUUCGAUAUCGAUGCCGAACAUGCCUCAACCAUUGAUGUUACGGGAACUACGAUUUAUGAUCUGUUCCAGACAAAAUAUUGGAGCCUGAAAUAUGCGGUUGGAGCUGCCUGCACCAUUUUGAAGGUUGAUCAGAUUAUUAUGGCGAAGCGAGCUGGAGGACCAAAACCACGACAGGGAGGUUCAAAUAGCGACGACGAGUCUUAAUGGUUACAUUACCAAUAUUUAAUUUAAUAUUAAUGAUUAGUGUUGCAGGGCACGAAUUCUAUGUUUUAAGUUCUGCGUUCAAUUACAAAUUCACCACUAACUACUCAAAGAAUAUAAAAAAAAAUCAUGCUAAUAUUUCAACAUAACAUUUGCAUUAUUCAAAUAAUACAUAUUAACAAAAUAAUGGUAGUAGCUAACAUUUCAUAAAGAAAUGGUAUGUAUUAAAUUUUUAUCGUGAUUGAUUUUGCAAAUGCUCGACAGAAAAUACAAUUUGGCAUAAUAUAACACAAGU